UUCAUUUCAACUCCGUUUUGCGUCAAAAUCAAAUACCGCUGUAUUCCUUUCUGUUUUUCUCGGGAAACAAACAAAACUAACUCAAACAGCCUAGCGUCCGUGUACCAAGUAUACCCAUAUAUCUUAAACCACCAUUAACACCCCAUUUCUUACCUCAAUCGAUUCAUUAGAAUUCUCUUUUAUCUGGGUUUUUUUUUUUGUCAAAUUUGUGUUUUUCUUUUUCUUUUUAUGGGUCUUGGUUUCUCUUUGUUGCUCAAUUCGGACCCAGAUGGGUCGAUGGGUUCGCAAUCAAAACCUGGUCUUGGGGAUUUGCCAGAGAGCUGUGUCGCUUCGAUUAUGGGAUAUUUGGAGCCUACUGAGAUAUGCCAAUUGGCGAAGCUGAAUCGGGUUUUUCGUGGAGCUUCCAUGGCGGAUUUUGUUUGGGAAUCGAAAUUACCUUCCAAUUAUCGGAUUCUUGUCCAAAAACUAUUGGGAGAUUCCUUGGGAAAUUUGGGUAAGCGGGAGAUUUAUGCGAGGCUUUGUCGGCCUAAUACUUAUGAUGAUGAUACCAAGAAAGUUUGGUUGGACAAAAGCACAGGUGGGGUUUGCUUGUCUGUUGCUUCGAAGGGGUUAUCGAUAACCGGGAUUGAUGAUCGAAGAUAUUGGAACUAUAUUCCAACAGAAGAAUCUAGAUUCCAAACCGUUGCAUACCUUCAACAAAUUUGGUGGUUUGAAGUUGAUGGGGAGGUCGAGUUCCCAUUCCCACCAGGGACAUACAGCCUAUACUUCAGGCUGCAAUUGGGGAGGGCAAGCAAGAGGUUUGGCCGCCGAGUCUGCAACACUGAGCGUGUUCAUGGUUGGGACCUAAAGCCAGUAAGGUUUCAGCUAUGGACUUCGGAUGGUCAGAGUGCUACAUCCCAGUUCUUCUUAACCGAACCUGGAAGAUGGAAUCUCUACAGAGCUGGGGACUUUGUUGUAGACAAUGCCCAUGUUUCCACAAAGAUUAAAUUCUCAAUGACCCAGAUUGAUUGCACUCACACAAAAGGUGGGCUUUGUUUAGACUCUGUAAUGAUAAUUCCAAGCCAGUUUAGAGAGAGGUUAAAGCACUUUUAGAUUGCACUUAACCAAUACUGCUAGGAAGCUUGUGUUAUAUAUAGAGGUAGUCUAUAUCAAGAAGAACCAUAUUACAGUAGUUCUUCUAAGUAUGCAUGUAAAUUUGUAAGUGUAUAUGUUUAUUCGAUUUAUUUUAUAGUGUUAUAUAUUUUCAAGGUUGUUUGCCUCCUUGUACGGAAUUAUUUUUUGCAAAUAAAAUGAGUUGAUGUUUGAGUUGAA